UCCUCGGCUCUUCCAGUUCAGGGGCGAGACUCGUGGGGUGGGGGCGGCUCGGGAUUGGCCGCAACGUCGCCCAGCGGGCUCGGCUCCCAGAGCGGGGGCGGGGGCUGGCCCCUCCCUGGAGCCCCAAACGAACGAUAAUUGCAGUGGAGACCAUCAUAAACUAUUUUCUAUUUGGGAAGGAAGCUUUGAGGAAGGUAUUUAAAAAAUGACAAAGUUGCUGUUGAUUGAUGUUGACUGUGGAGUUGAUGAUGCUCAAGCCAUAAUGAUGGCUCUGGCAUCUCCCAGUGUUGAAAUCCUGGGAAUUACUUGCUGUUAUGGAAACACACAGUUGGAAAACGUCUGCAAAAAUGUACUUCGUGUGCUACAAGUUUGUAACAGGCUUGAGAUUCCAGUUUAUCAAGGUGCUUCUACUCCCUUACUUGGUGGUCCUGUGGAAUGGGCUUUGUAUCAUGGAAGAGAUGGUUUGGGUGAUGUUCCUGAUCCGAAUGCUCCAGGAUUAGACCAUCUACAGAAAGAACAUGCUGUGAUUGCAAUGUUAAGAAUUGUUAGUGAGAAGCCUGGUCAGAUUUCUCUAGUUGCCACUGGUCCUUUGACUAAUCUAGCUUUGGCAGUGAAAUUGGAUCCAACAUUUCCUAUGAAGCUUAAAAAUAUGUUCAUCAUGGGAGGAAAUAUAGAAUCCAGAGGAAAUACUACGAUCUGUGGAGAAUUCAAUUUUGCAACUGAUCCAGAAGCUGCUUAUGUUGUCUUAAAUGAGUUCACUUGCCCUACUUAUAUUGCAUCAUGGGAAUUUACAUGUCACAAUUCUUUGUCUUGGGAAUUCUAUCGUGAGUGGGUUAAUCAGGACACCAAAAAAGCUAAAUUCAUGGAGAAAAUAUCUGCUCACAGCAUAAAAUUCACAGAGUCAAAACACGAAAAUACAGGCAACAUGUUAUGGACUUCAGGAUUCGUGUCUUGUGAUUCCUAUGCUAUGGCUGCUGCAAUUGACGAGAGCUUUGUCACAAAAGCCAUAGAAGUUGCUGUAAGUGUGGAGCUGAAUGGCUCACUAACUAGAGGAAUGAUGGUAAUGGAUAUGACCGGUCUUCUUAAGAAGAAAAAUAAAGCUUUUGUCAUUAAUAAGUGUGAUUUAGAGAAGUUCAAGGAACUUCUCAUUGCUGCUUUAAAAUAACAUUUGGCUGUCUGAUAAAUUUCCCAAUCUUGUUAAUUUUGAACUGUAACUGUAGGUCUCAUUACAGUGGUACAGAUAACUUUAGAUUCAUAGCUACUAUCAGACAACAUAAAACUAUUUUUAGUUAAAGCUUUCUCUUAUGUCAGGUUUCCAACAAAGUGCAUUCAAGUGAAUAUGAAAAGGACCCAUUUAAAUCUACAAUAGUGAGAGAAUUCAAAGUGCAAGUUAAAAUGGCAGCCUAAUUGUUAGAUAACUCUGCAUGCACUUAUUACCUGGUAGGCUAGUACUCUAGUUUAGCAUGUAAAUACUUAACUUACCCAAGUUUCAAAAAAUGCAUUUACUCGGUAGACAGAAACAGCAAUAAAAGAGCAUUGAAAUCUAGAAUAUGCAUAUAAAUUAUGAUCUGUCAUCAGUUUGUAAGAUGGAGAAGAUAGACUGUUCUAAUUCCCACUGCUUUAUUAUUACGGAAAAACAAGCCAAUUUUUACUUAGAGAAUCUAGAUUAAGGAUUUGUAAAGUAUUAUUUAAAAGCCACUUUAAGAUCCAGGAGCUCAACAUAUAUUGAUAAAAUUUAAAACACGUAAAAAGGGAAGAUGUAGAGGAAUUUGAAGGACCAUGGUCAUGGGAAACAAAACUGUUUAACUUCAGGUUACUAAUUUUAAAAUCGUCCAGAAAUGUAGUGAAUGAAAGUUUUUUAUCAUCUUAUAUUUGUUAUGUAUCUUAUUUAAAGUGGGUUUGUAACCUGAGUCCAGUUUACAUAAGAAAAAAGUAUCAGGGGGUAGCCGUGUUAGUCUGUAUCCACAAAAAGAACAAGGAGUCUGGUGGCACCUUAAAGACUAACAGAUUUAUUUGGGCAUAAGCUUUCGUGGGUAAAAAAACACUUCUUCAGAGGCGUCUGAAGCUCUCCAGCAAUUAGAAACUAAACAAUAGCAACUUGUUAAUGUAGGACCUGGACUGAAUAUGUCUUAGUUUGCAUGCUCUAAGGCUAUGAUUCAGUGUGCGUACAUGUGUAAGCACAUGUUUGGUAAGCAUAUGUGUAACGUAGUCAAUCGAACCACUGACAUCAUUUUAGUUACAAACAUGCUUAAGUAUUUUCUGUAAUCGUGCCUUAAUACUGGUACAGCAGCCGCAAUUAGCUAAAUCUAUUCCUAGAGCUGUGUAACAAAUUAAUAAUUCUGCUGAAAGCAAAGAGAUAAUAAAAGAAUACUAAUUCAUACCCUUUAGGUAGAGGGAAAUCAAAUCUGUUUGUCAAACAGGAACAAAAACAAUAGGAAAUUUGUUGGGUGGUUAAACUUUUAACAAGAAACACAAAGAAUAACUUAAAAAUAUUCACACUUACAUCUGAACUAUUGUUGCUGUUUCUGUUUAUAUUACAGUAAUGGCAAAUAUUCAGAAAUCAUCCUACUGUAACUUUAACUUGACAUUUUUUGACAUUUGCUACUUGUAUUUUUAUAUAUAAUUCAUAUGAUUCUUUAAGAAUACUGCAUAUGUUUGAUAUCACUAAUCAGUAUGUUAAUUACAUUUUGUAUUAGUAUAAGAAGCAUGUAUGAUUUUGGAAGUAAAGAAAAAUAUUAAAUACCUGCCUGUGUUCUUUCCAACUGCUAAUUUUAAUUUGCUACUUGGAAAAUCCUGAAUGUGCAAAAUGGGAAAUGAAAUAAAUGAGUUAUUUCAUGCAUUAGGAAA